CCGAGAGUGAGCGAAGCUGUUUCCCGCCGGCGGGAGCUGCGGCUGGGGCGGGUUGAGCGCGGGGCUCGAAGCUGCACCACCAUGGCGGAACAGCUGUAUCUAGAAAACAUAGACGAGUUCGUCACGGACCAGAACAAGAUCGUGACUUACAAGUGGCUAAGCUAUACACUAGGGGUUCAUGUUAACCAGGCCAAACAGAUGCUCUAUGAAUAUGUUGAAAGGAAACGGAAAGAAAAUUCGGGAGCUCAGCUGCAUGUUACCUACUUGGUGUCUGGCAGUCUUAUACAGAACGGACAUUCUUGCCACAAGGUUGCAGUAGUGAGAGAAGAUAAACUGGAAGCAGUGAAGUCCAAGUUAGCUGUGACUGCCAGCAUCCAUGUGUACAGCAUCCAGAAAGCUAUGCUAAAGGACAGUGGGCCUCUGUUCAAUACCGACUAUGACAUCCUUAAAAGCAAUUUGCAGAACUGCAGCAAGUUUAGUGCCAUACAGUGUGCAGCUGCAGUCCCCAGAGCUCCUGCAGAAUCCCCAUCUUCCAGAAAGUAUGAGCAGUCAAAUCUUCAGGCAGCGAGUGAGACACAAGCCAGUGAGCUGACUACCAAUGGCCAUGGUCCACCUGCCUCCAAACAGGCUUCCCAGCAGCCCAAAGGAAUUAUGGGAAUGUUAAUCUCUAAAGCCGCUACUAAAACCCAGGACACCAACAAGGAAACCAAACCAGAGGCCCGAGAAGUAACCAGUGCAUCUUCCGCUGGGGGCAAAGCACCAGGAAAAGGGAAUGUGAUGAGCAACUUUUUUGGAAAAGCUGCAAUGAAUAAACUUAAAGUCAAUUUGGAUUCAGAACAAGCAGUAAAGGAAGAAAAAACAGUGGAGCAACCUCCAGUGUCUGUCACUGAACCAAAGCUGGCAGCUCCCCCAGCUCAGAAGAAAUCCAGCAGAAAGUCCGAGCCUGGGAAGGUGCAGCAGAAGGAGAAAAGCAGCAGGGGCAAGCGAGUAGACUUGUCGGAUGAGGAAGCAAAGGAAACCGAACACCUGAAGAAAAAGAGAAGAAGAAUCAAGCUUCCCCAGUCUGAUAGCAGUGAAGAUGAAGUCUUCGCAGACUCCCCUGAGAUGUAUGAAGCAGACUCACCAUCUCCACCUCCUGUAUCUCUACCUCCUGAUCCUAUGCCAAAAACUGAGCCCCCUCCUGUCAAGCGUUCAAGUGGAGAAACCAAAAGAAAACGAAAGCGUGUACUGAAAUCUAAAACCUUUGUGGAUGAAGAAGGCUGCAUAGUGACUGAGAAAGUCUACGAGAGUGAGUCCUGCACAGACAGUGAGGAGGAGCUUAAGAUGAAGCCGGCCUCAGCACACAAACCCCCUGCUGCCGCUGUGAAAAGGGAGCCCAGAGAAGAACGGAAGGGCCCCAAGAAAGGGGCUGCUGCUCUGGGCAAAGCCAACAGACAAGUGUCCAUUACUGGCUUCUUCCAGAAAAAGUAAAUGCUGCCUCUGGAAGGACUCGGGGUGGUCAAGGGAGAAGACCAAGAAGUAUAGACUGUCACUUACUGUGUAAGUUUGCCUCGCUCCUUGCCUCGCCUGGAUCAGAUGCUGCUCUGCCAUCACGGGACACGUGUACCACUUCUGUUUUAUUCACCCAAAAGGAAGUCACCUGGAAACAGGAGGCAAAAGAAUAUUUUAAAAGCUGUUACAUUGUAAUAAGUUUAUAAAUAUAAAGCACAAUCUUUGCCCUGCCUAGGAGAAUUCAUUCAAGAAGGACCUGCUGGGCCGCACUUGCCCUGCGCCAUGUUCCUCUCCUGGUCUCUGUGUUCUGUGAGCGUGAAACAGUGUUUUUAUUUGAUGAGUUCUACUGGAUGUGUUCACCGAGUCUCCACUUUCCUCUCCACACUACCAUACUUCUGUCCCCCGACCCCACAAUCUGUUUUCUGUAAAUCUUUUAAGUCUUGGUCAGAUGAGAAGCUAAAACUAAAAUCUUCUGUAAUUCCCGAUCUCCAUUGAUGUAGUGAGUGACUUGGCUCCCGGCUAGGCCAGUGUGCAUUGUCCAGUCCUUUCAUCGCAGACGCUCCCUCUCGCUUCCCUCAGACCGACAUGUGCUGAUGAAUCCAACCUCACCAGAAAUGACUUAAAGUCACAUGGUGGGCAAUGACAGAGCUGUCAUGUUGCCAACACAGGGUAUACAUAUACUCAUGUGUGACUUAAAGUCACAUGGUGGGCAAUGACAGAGCUGUCAUGUUGCCAACACAGGGUAUACAUAUACUCAGGUGUGGUUUCUUUCUUCCAUAUUUCCUAUACUUAUUACCCAGAGAGUGGAACCUGUACAGCGAGAUGAAAGAUUAAAAUAAGAAUGCUUUCUAUGCACCAGAUAACUUACCCUCAAGGAAAUACAGAGUCCAGAAAUGUCAGUUUCCUGUCCUGGGAAGGAAGGGAGAACUUAGCACACAUUUCUACACAGAUUUUGUUCCUCUGUUUUGUCAAGUUCUUCAUUUGCCCAGCAGCACAGGCUCCCCAGGAGCGGGAGGGGGGGGGGUGACUUUUAUAACUUUCAGUCACCUUCCAUUCUGGCUGGGCAGGAAGUGAGCCCUGUCCAUGUUGUGUGGCAGUGGCUUUGCACACUGAGCUGUAGUGAGGGAACCCAGACUCCACUGUUGGUGUGAUUUACCCAGGGGAGAUGAGGAAUGUCUGCCCCACCCCUCCGCUGAGGGCUGGUUUGUGUCAUGUAAUCAGUUGCCUACUGUUGGAGGUUGGGGUUGGGGCUGACUUGGGAUUUACACAUCUGCUUUAGCAACCAAGCCUGGGCUACCUGGAGACCAGCAGCUUGGGAGAUGAGUCCUGGUCUCAUGUCGAGAACUUGAGGGCAGAUGCUUGUCCAUCAAGCUGAGUAAAGGUUGGUAUACUCCAAAACUCUUUUUUCUAACGUGGAAAAGAGUGGAAUGCCUGGACUUAAGCUUACAGGAAAGCUCUGGAGAAGAAUUCCCUAUUUUCAGUGGUUAUUUUUGUCAUUGCCUCUAGUGAUUUUUGUAAAUGGGAAUGGAAAAGUACAAGGCAACCAUCCAGUCUUUAAAAAAUCUGAUUAUGGUGGGAUUUCUA